AUGUUAAAGCGCAAGGUCAGCACCAGCUACGCAGAUUCUAGCGAUGUCUCUGGAUCGGAGUCAACCAAGCCGCCUCUCACCUUAAAGAAGUCUCGUUCAUUAAUCGCAAGCCUUCCUCGUCUUAGUACAUCUACUGUGCCUGGCCAAGCGCCAUUCCAAGCUCCCGCUAUGAGGCCUCCCUUUGGCCAACACUUUGGUGUUCUAGGUCGCCCGGGGUCUUCACGUUCAACCUCCUUAUCAGCGCCUCAAACUCCGGCGUUGAGCAAUUGUCCGUUGUCGUCGGACGAGGAUGAACCCGACGGAGAAACCUCUCAAGCCUGCAGCAAAAGCCAGGAGCGAUUUGAUACUAAGGGCAAGAAACCGUCAUCAAGUUUACACCCUGGUAUGAUAGUCACUCUUGAACAACAAGUUAAUGAGCUGUCCACAAAGUUGGAAGCCUAUCAAGAAGCCUCUAACGCGCAACAGAAGUUAACCAAUGAAAGACUCUCUGACUUGUUCAAUCUUCUGAGUCAACGCAUUCCUGUAUCUCCCGCCCAUGAGCCUGGCUCCGCCCCAAUUAUUUGUGCUGGCCAACCUAGCUUAGCACCACAGAACGUAGCACCCAACCAAGUAAUUCCAGCGAGGGAUGCCUUAAUGUCCAACCCCAUGCCGUGGCCUGAGCUGGCCGAAAUCAUAUCGGUAGUUACUACCCUGAGUCCACCGGAGCUUGGGGGGCUGAAAAAUGCAAUCUUUGAGCACAAUAGAAAGGCUUGGUGUCGAAUGUUGAGGUGCAAUAACGCAGGGGAUAUCAGCCCGCCCUUCAAAGACCAGUUUGGCCAGCCUGACACCCUUCCGCUUAUAGCAAUCGACCCGGUAACCAAGUACUGCCAUCCAUUCCCACACUGGAACUUUUUGCUUGCCAGCCAGAUUAUUUGGAUCCCAACGUUUCUAAGCUGGUUUCGGGCAAUGAUUCCAAACAACAACAGCGAACUAUCGCUUGCUCUCAGUUCUCUCAGCGACAAGGAUAUAUGCAUAUUAAUGGAGCGUGGUCCGUGGAAAACAGCACGGGGCGCAUGGCGCACAAUGAAUAAGUCGCCCAAGGCCCUUGCUGAAUCACGUGCAAUUAGGCUUAAAUAUCAUAAGAGCGCAAGAAAGGCAACCAUAAGACUCGAAUAUAUCAGAACUAUCCCCGCUCUUCAAGGCCAAGAAUUCGAAUUCCUUACUGCUCAUAACUACAUGUCUGAGGAGGAGGAGGUUGAUGGCGUGACUCUUGUGCGCCGACCAGCAUUUCGGGCUUCUUGGGUAAAUAACUUGUUCAAUGCCAUCCAGUCUGCUGAGCUGGAUAGACUUCUUGUGGAAGCCCCGAUCCCAAAGCUGGAGCGUAGUACAGGGCGCAUAAAGGCUGCUGUACUUAUCGCAGCUAGCUCUUUUAGCAAGAGUUGGAAGAAUAAGCACAUUAGCAUAUACGAACAGGCGGCUCACCGUGUCGAAGCAAGAGCCAUUGCAAAGCCCGAUAUAACUAAUUUUCUCUUACAGCACCCAAGACCUAGCAUUGAUGGAACACCAGACGUUCAAGAAACAUCUAACACUUGUGGCCUUGACAGAAGAAGGACCGGUUGCGCUCAGACAGGAUCUUUCAGCGACGUGAGCCAUGAUAUUGACAGCAAGCCGGAGGUAGGCGAGUACAAUGGGGCAUAUGGUAGGCGCGCCCAAACCGACGACAUCAAAUCAACCGAGCAGGAAAUAGCCCAGAGUACCCGCAACGAUUCAAACAACUUGCUUGAGCCAACCAAUCACGAAAAUGGGCAUGAUGCUCGGUAUAACUUUGAUGAGAUCGCCAUUGAUCCAUUGCUUCUUAGCAACAAGACUAUCCUGGUGUCCAACCACGUACCAGUAGAUGCACCAGACCAACCCCCAUUUGUCACAGAAGAAGUAGCAAAGGCACUUGAUCAUACAAUAGCCGCCGCCUCCAAUCAAGCUUUCUCCAUGCCUCCGCCGCCCGUUCUUACAGUGCCAAUUGAUGUGUUGCUGUCAGAGAAUCAUGAUAUAGGAGCGGACACUAUCCAACAAUUGUUGCGUACAAAGGAUGAGCAACAAUCUCAGCUCACUGACAGCAAACAUGCAGCACCUAAGAAACGAGGAAGACCCCCUGGCGCAAAAAACAAGCCCAAGGGGCAGAGCCAACCGUAG